UUAAUAUUUACUCGACGUAACUUGCAUCCCGCUCUCAGUUCGUAACUUCUCAGCUGCGCGCGAGCUACGACGGUUUUCUUGCCUGCUCAUUGCUGGUUGUUGGGCUAGCUCAAGAUGGUUACAAUUCGACGGCGUCAAACUUCGGGCUCGGCUACGAGCCCACUGCCAUCGUCAUCAUCAUCUCCAUCAUCUCAGGUGCCGAGCAGCUCAGGCUCUUCCUCGUUUUCUUCGAUAAGGGCAAGCUCGACGAUCCAGUCUAAGACCAACAGACCGUUUUUUCCUGACCCAACCAAUACACCAACGCCUCAACAAAAUGACGAUAGCCAAGGACAUAUAUCAAAGGCAAUCUUGGAAUGGCUUUUCCUCGCCUUCGUAUUGCUUAUUUUCGCAGGUAUAGCCAUCAGACGAGCCAACAGACUCCGAAAUGAUGGGGUUCCUCUAUCCCAGUUCUUCCGUCGCAGGAAUCGACAUCGGCGUCGUUCAGAAAGUCUACUAUCAAACACAAAUCAGCAGGAAACAACCCAGAUCCGUCGUCUUCCACGAACAACUGGCCUUCCAACUCUCUCGCCGUCAUCAGCUUCCACCCCGUUCCAUCUCGCUGAGAUCCCAGUUGCUCACCUGUCAGGGGACCGGCAGGGCAGUGAUGAUAGAUAUAUACAUCAUAUCAAUCACCUGUUGUAUGGUCGUGGUAGGAGGCCUGCGAGGACCAGGGGUGUGGAUAUCGACGAACGUGGACGGAGAGGAGUUGGCGAACGAGAUGUGGAGAGAGAUUAUUUAGGAGAUGAGGAUCUUGAUGAUGGUGUUGGAGAUGGUUUACCGGCUUACGACAAGCACGGUGGCCCACCUGUGUAUGUCGAGGUUUCGGGCGUUAGGGCGGCUCAUAUAGCCCCAAGGGAAAUGACAUUCACAACUCCGGACACAGGAGAAGCCGGGGGAACAGUACCACCAUCCACAUCUCCGGCGGGGCAUACAGGACCCGAUGGGAACAGAGAUGCGGCCCAAUCACAGGCUGCCUCGCAGACGGAAGCGUCUUCAGAAAAUGCCAAUACCUCUUCGCCGCCUCUCCCCUCAACAGAAAACCCGUUUUUGGAGCAGAGAACGGACACUCGCCAUUCACGAUCCCAACAUUCACGAUCCCAACCUCCACGUUACUCUUCUUCCUCUUCGAUGAUGCCCGGCAGUCUUUCCAACUGGUAGUCCCCUCAUUCUGAGCGAACCCUUCUUGCUUCUCGAGCCCUCAGAUGCUCUUGCCUUUUGGUUUUCUUUGCUAUGUUUUGCAACUUUUCUCUUUUACCCGCCGUGCUUGAUUCAGUUUUCCGUUAUAACACGAGAUACCGCCACUUCAUUAAAUUAUUCGACCUCUGACCCACACUUUCCUUACUGUUUGUAAUCGACACUGUAUCCUGUUGUUUGUUGUAAUAUCACUUCGCUUACUUUUUCACAUUUAC